AUUUGCUUUUAGUUAAAUGCAAUACAAUGAAUGUAUGAUAUUUAAUAUGAUAAUACUGCAGUAUUAUUGCCCAAUAUUAUUUAUAGUAUGAAUAAUCAAUGUUAUGAUUCCUUCUAUUAGUAUCUGAGAAUUGCAAUAUCAAAUAGUAUUAUUAUUAUAAGUUUUAAGAGAGGCUCAAAAACCAUAUAGAUUUUCAGAGAGUAAGUUAUUAAACUCAAAAAGACUCAAGAGAGAUAUAUUGUUACAUAACUCACAGAGAUAUAUUGUUAUAUAAUUCACAGAGAUAUUUUGUUAUAUAACUCACAGAGAUAUAUUGUUUGACUCAAGAGGAAAUAUUAUUAGUUUGUUAAUUAAAGAUUGAAAGAUUUUGUUAUAGUAGUGAAAAACACGAAGUAGAAUGAGACUUGACUUAAAGCUAACAAGAAGGAAUAAAAGCUUCCCUAUCUGCAUGAACCUAGGAGAUUUCAUAGGAGACACAAUUUUCAGCAGAGACAAAAAGCAUCGAUCCCAUGGGCCAUUAUAGGCCAUUAUUAUAUAUAUUAUGGGCUGGAAUCCCAAGAGGUUUGAGAUGAAAGUUUUAGUGUGGUCAUAGCAUGAAUUGAGCUUCCUAAAGAAGAACAAGGAGAAACUGAACACAAGCAAGGGUCAGAGACUAUCAAGAGGUGAGGAUUUACCUUAUGUUCUUCUUCAGAGACUAGUUAUUUAUUUAUCUCCGUAUGGUCUAUACAUAUUGGAGGAAAAAAAUGUAUUUCAAGGUGCUAGUUUAAAAGAAAAAUGGCUGACACAAUGGCAACUUGCUAUGUGUUGUCGUUUAGAUAUUCGAAAAUAUUUAGAAGAAUCUAUUACGUGGAAUUCUCAUUGCACUCUUAAACAAUUAAAUGAACAGGAAGUGUUUUAUAAUAGCCUAAUGAAAGAAAUAAUUGAGAAUUUACAGUUAAAGAAACCCAUCGAACAUUGUUAUCAGUCUGCACUUUUAUUGUAUAUGAGUUAUCCGAAUUCUUGUGACUCAACCUCUAAUUUUGAAAGUAUCACACAAAAAUAUGAUCUCAAAACAUUUUUAUCAUAUUUGUCAAGUCAUGUCACUUUAUUACACGUGACAGCAUUUACAGCAACAAGAAUUGUUGAGCAUAUGGAUAUUUUUCAAAUUAUUAUUAAAAAAAUUACCAAACUCAACAUCAAUCUAUUGCACAGACCUUAUUUUAACUUAAGUAGUUUAUGUUUGAUCAUUAAUCUCGGAAGAAAACACAACUUACAAUCGAUAAAGUUAGCUUACAAUACAAACUUAAAUAGUUUUGAUCCAAGUUGCAUUACAAAUAUUUUUGAUUCUAUCUGUGAUAAUAUGAAUUAUACUUUUUCUAUUGAUGAUUAUGAUGAAGAGUUAUGCUGCAGUGAUGAUGGCUUAUCUGAGCCUUCUUUGAGUUAUCAGUGUGCCUGUAUUGAUGAUUUGUAUGAUAUUGCUGUUGAAAGUAUUUCAAAAUGUCAGUCUGUCGAUACUAGAGUUAUUGAACUUGAAGUUGUUACAAAUGAUAUUGAGUUUUCUGAUAUUUUACUAACUUACUUGCCAAUGUGGACAAGUUUAGAGAGUUUAUGUAUUCAUUCUUUAGAAGAAAAUGUUAUAAAUUUUUUUUAUUGCAUCAAAAAAUCUAUCACAAGUUUGAAACAUUUAGAAUUCAUUCCAUUAGAAAUAUUUCCAGAGCCAAACAUAGUAGACAUACUUUAUCCAAAAUGCUUGGUUCAUCAAAACAAUAAUUGCCAUAUUACAAAGUUUGUGUAUCGUGGUCAACUACCAUUGCCUGUUUUAGAAAACAUCUUAAAGACACCAAUAUGUAAAAGUAAAAAAAAUGAAACUGAUAAAUGUCAAUUUUCUGGCAUUACCUCUCUUACAACACAUUUGGGUGAAGAUUUUAAUUUUGCAAUUUUUUUUGUCGGAAAUACUUUGUUGAAAGAGUUAACUCUUUACCAGACUUGUUGUUAUCACUAUGAUGAUAAUCUCUUUGAAGCACUGGUAGACCAUCCUUCUUUGGAAAUAUUUAAAAUGGAAUCAAUCUACAAGAAACCACCACAUCCAAUUGUGUUAUCCGUUUCUACAUUCAUAUUAAAUAAAACCUUGACCCAAUUGGCGAUAGUAAAAUGUUUUAAUUCAGGCACACUUGGAAAAGCUUUAUCCUUUGCUAUCUCUUCAUCUAAUCUUGUUACUCUUAUAUGGUCUGAUAAUGGUUUAGAAAAUGAAGGUCUUAAUGAAUUUUCAAACAUUUUUCUGAAUAAUGGUUUAUCUAAGAUUCAAAAUCUUGAUAUAAGUAACAACUUCUUCGAUGCACAUGGUGUGAGUUUAUUUGCUGAUUCAUUGGCCCUAGGUUGUCGUUACUUACAUAAACUUGUCAUUAACUAUCAGUACGAUAUAAAGGAAAGAGUAGAGUAUUUGAUUCAUAUAAACAAAAGUAAAGAAUCUUUAUUAAAAAAUAUACAGGAAAAGUUUAAUUUUCAUGUUCACACUGUGAUUGGAAGUUCAGGUAUGGUGGCUGAUAACUUUGAUUAUAUUAGUGAAAUGUAGUAUAUUUUUUUUUACAAUGUUCUUAUUAUAAAAUAAGAUGCAUGAUUAAAUAGAAAAAUCCAUAUAGAUUAUGCGUAUAGAUUUACUUGUUUUAGU